AUGCAGUGUCCAGAUUCCUGCAACUCUCAACAAUCAGCCACUGGUGCACGGAGUCGACCUCAAUCCCGCCAAGAAAAUACAUCUCGGUUUGGUUAUCAACAAGCUCAAUCUCCGUAUGGCCAAAGUGGUCCAUCAAGACAACCUGGAUAUGGUUAUCAAGCACAAUCCCAACCAAGACAGCCUGGGUUUGGUUAUCGACCACAGUCCCAACCUAGUCAAGCAAUGAGACAACCUGGAUUUGGAUAUCAACCACCUGGACAAUCCGGGUUUGAAGCUGUAUCCCAACAACCACCACCAAAGCCAACUGAACAAGCUGCUAAACCAGAAGAAAAGAAAAAGAAAGGUUUAGGAUUCCAACUGCCCCCUUUGAGUAUUGUGGGUGCGAAAAAGGAAAUCAAUUUUGACGAAAUAAGAAAAAAAGUGGUAAGACAAGGAGGUCCAGCGGGCGAAGACAAAAAACAAAUGGCCAAAAUAUUGAAGCACUUGAAAGAUAGCAAAUCGCCAAUAUUGAUCCACGAAUUUGUGAGUUUAAUAGCCAAAUAUACCUCCGAUAAUGGAGAAAUAAUGAGACAAGUCAUGGAAGAAGAUUUGGCACAAUUUCGUAAAAUGGUGACUAAAGUUUACGAGAAUAUGACUCAAGACGUCAGCGAUGUUUUGGUAAACGAGCAAAUACAAACCGUAAACUUCUACAAAGAACGUCACGAUAUGUUCAACAGCAAAAUGCUGUGGAUGGUAGGCGAAAUAUUCCAAAUGAUUCCAGACUUUGAUUUCGAAAAAUAUGAAAAAGAAAAGGAUGUAUUUUUAAAAUAUGUUUACCCUCUUCCAAAAUUAACUGUAAGAGAUGCCGAAGAUAUGGAGUUGCAAAGGCGACAAGAGGCAUUCCAUAGGCUCCAAUGGUUGAAGAUCGAAGAAGGACGUUUGGCCGAGGAAAAUAAAAGGCUAGAGAUGAGACUUGAAGAACUUAAAAUUCAACACGCUAGAGAACAAACUCAAUCGAACAUGAAGAGCCACAUUAUGGAAGACAGGUUGCAGGAAUUGGAGAAUGAAGAACAACAAAAGGAAAAACAACUGAAGGAACUUGAACAUUUGCUUGGAAAGAACAUAGUAAGAACCGAAGCUUUUAUACGAUUAGAAGAAGAUGAGGCUACAAGAAUGUCCAAAGUACACCCAGAAGAAAUAAGACAAUGUAAUCAAUUCAAUUUUAUUUCCAGUGAUAAUUUCUCACGUUUUCAGCUUCCAAAAUUCGUCACGAAAAAUCCAACUGGUCUGCUCGUACCGCUGCUGCAAUGGAACAAGAAGCUGCCCAUCAACUACAUGUUGCUGAAAGCAGUAGGGCGGACGAAAGGAAGCGAUCCAGAAAAAGGGACCGGGAGCCCUUCAAAAAUUCUAGUGUGUUUGGUGGGGCUUUACAAAGUGACGAUUUGGCCGAUUUGGCUACAGCCAGCAAUUUACAAGAGAAAACCAUUCGAGAAACCACAACGACUGUGCAGGAAAGACGACCGAAAAGUCCUCGUUCCAGAAUGUGUCCUAGACAAUGUCAAUGAUGAAAUUGUGUUAAUUAUUAUUAGGGAGCGGUAUAUGGAAAAGCUCACGCAUUAUUUUGUAGAAAUUAAUAAAAAAAUUAUGUAUAGAAAUUAA